UGCUUGGACGCGUACCAAGCGCAGAACGGCGGUGGCGUGCACGUCUGGGACUGCGACGUGAGCAAUGGCAACCAAAAAUGGACCUUUGACGCGACGACGGGGCAGCUGCGCCACGGCACGUUCAAGGGCUUCUGCCUCGACGUGCAGAGCGAGUCGGGCGCGACGCCGUACCUCUGGACGUGCCACGACUCGAACGACUACUGGUUCAAGUUCCAGACCUUCAAGUAUGAAGCAGUGUAG